AUGAAUUUGAAGAUUAUUUCUUGGAAUGUUAGAGGCCUGAAUGAUAGGGAUAAAAGGUUACGGGUUCGAAAUCUGGUUAGGAAUUGGAGGCCAGAUGUUAUUUGUCUUCAAGAAACUAAAAUGGAGUUAAUAACUAGAGCCGUGAUUCGCAGUUUGUGGGGUGACCAACAUGUGGAUUGGUCUUAUCUAGGCUCUUGUGGAGCUUCUGGAGGGGUGCUCCUGAUGUGGGAUACAAGGGUGGUGAAUAAAGUGGAGGAAGCAGUGGGGCAGUUUUCGGUUUCUUGUAAAUUUACAAGUGUGUGCGACCAGUUUGUAUGGGUGUUUACUGGCGUAUAUGGUCCUAAUUCUUCGAGAGACAGAAGGUUUUUAUGGGAGGAAUUAUUUGGUUUGAGCAGUUGGUGGAAUGUUCCAUGA